AUGGCCAAACAAAAACAAAAACAUGAAUCACGUGAAGAUAUUUUCCAUCAUAAUCAUAAUAACUCCAGUGUAAUACUGAAUGGAUGAUUUUUACUCGUUUGCUGUGGUUAUUGGCUAACUUUUCAAAGUAAUAUGGCUGGUCGCGAUGUGACUAAGGUCGUUAAUCGUGUGGAGGAUGCAAAGGAAGAUAAAAAUUUGGAUUUGUCCGACUGUCGUUUGAUGAAGGUGCCAGAUGCCAUCUUCUUACUACUGAAGAAUACCAUGCUGACAUGCUGUAACUUAUCACAAAAUACUCUCAGGUCACUUCCCUCAAAAAUUGGAAAUCGAUUCACACAUUUGUCAGCUCUCAUUCUGUGUGAUAACCAGCUCACGAGGCUACCGAAUGAAAUCGAUGGCCUCUGCGAUCUCAAAACACUUGACAUCUCCAACAACAGCUUUGCUGUUAUUCCACAAGUUAUUUACAGACUCCAAACAUUAAAGACAUUACAUGCCGAGAAGAACAUCAUUGCUGAUAUUGAUGUUGAAAAAAUGACACUCAUGAACAAGCUGGCAUUUGUUGAUGUCCAGGAGAACCCUCUGAAUGAGGAACUUCGGGAUGAACUCAAAAGAGUGACGAACAUUAAGAUCUUAUUGACAGAGAAGGAGGAGAAGGCUUUUGAGGACAUUGACUGAGUCAAAGAGCAAUUUGACUGGACUAAAUAAAAAACAAUCACUUUCUGUUUAUUAGAAAGUUUAUUUCAAGUGUAGAACAUAUGAAUAAGCUCAAGAUGUGGUACAUUAUGUUCUCUGAAUCAGAGAGUAGCUCUACUUGACUAUUAAAACAAUCAGUUUGACUGGACGAUAGACAGACUUAGUUGGUUAGAAAAUUUAUAAAUCAGGGUUCAAAACGUGUGGAUACACUGCACUACAGAUACGGUAAAUAUAUUCUCUCAGUUGGAGAGCAGUUUGAUAUGUGGGGCAUUCGGCCCCAAAUCCUUUUGGGCGGCUUUAGUCCCCCCACAGUACAACUUCCUGUGAUGCGAUGCUGUUUUUUGAGAGAACAUACGGUGUGGCAGUCUGCUUAAUGUUUACUAAAUUCAUUUAUUACAGCUCAUGGUCUCCAUCUCUUACUAGAAACCUGAAUAACAGUAUAAACGCAGACCAUGAUGCAUUCAUGUAAUUCUCUAGAUUGUUCAAAGAUGGGAGAUAGGAACCUCUAUUACAAGCGAAUAUGAUUAAUAGGGAUUUGCAUCCGACUUUCUGAAUGAAGACAAGUGGUCAAAUUGUGAGGUCAGAAUGUGCUUUGCUUUUAUCACUGUAAUACCUGUUCAACUACUGCUAUGUAAAUAAAAUACUUACA